AAUUCGAACCGUAGCCCUGGUCAUCCUCAUCAGUAAGGUUAAGGUCCUUCGGAAACAUAAUAACAACAACGGGUUCUAUACGAGCUUGUUGAUGAGGUUGUUCAACCUCGGGGCAAAGACCUGCUGGGAAGUAAGCCUGGUCCAGGAAUUUUGCAUGUUGAGGGAACCCCCGAAACCGAGCCGGGCCAAGGCGUCGACGACAUAGCCAAAGUACGCUUCAGCAGAAUGACCGUCCGGGAUGGAGGCCAGGUUGGAACUGACAUGUUGGCGUACGACUCUGAGGGAAAGAAGACAGAACAAGGCGGACUUUAGAAAGUCUCAUAUCAAUGACUCAAUUUGCCAUAUGGGUACGUGCAUCAUUUCAAUCAUUCAACAUUUCAGACUGACCCCCGCGUCUGCCCCAACUAUUACUCGCCUUCACUCGGCACUUUGACCCAGUGUCAGACCAACUGCAGGUAACUUCUGGAUCUUUCUCUCCAGUGUCCUCCCCUCCUCCUUUCCACCUCUGAACCUUACAACUUCAACAUGCCUGUCCCAACUUGUCCUACGUACAAACACCCGGAUGACCACGAUAGUCAGGAUGAAUACUUCACUCACGUCAUCGACACAAUGACGUUCUUCUACUACUGGGGCCAUACUGGUUACUUACGUAUCAACGAGAUGUUUCCGAUUGCUACCGAUCGUCGAAGGACCGAAGCUUAUGAACGUGCCACCGCACAGUUCAGACGAGAUCCCGUUAUUGCUGAUCUUACUUUUCCCGAUAACCCUGAGCGACGCAAGGCGUUCUUUGACAGAUGCAAGAAAAUGUGCGCUGAAGAUAUUAGAGACCCUUCCGAUGCUUUUCUUCGAACGUUCUAUGGGAGCACGCUGGUCCAAAUGCUCGUCGAUGAGGUUAGCUUGCGCUACCGCGACAACUUACAAGUCCUCUCAGAUGUAUUGGCAGGUGCCCAACAAAAAGUUAUGAUAGCUACGGGCGACUGGGAGAGGCACGUGGCUGCUUCCAACCAAGCUCGACAAGAGGUUGCUCUUAAUAGACUCUUCGACCGUAUUGGGGAUACAUUUGCGUAUCGACAUUCCCUCACGAAAAAGAUUGUGCAGUGCAAGAUUCUCAAUGGUGGAGGUGAUGUCAUGGGAGAAGAAUGGUUCUGGGUUCGUAAGACCGUGGCCGGCGAGUCCAACGAGGAUAUGAUCACGGGCGAGGAGCUAGAGCAACUGCUGUCGUGUCAGAUCUAAUAGGUUAACUGCCUUCUCUGUUUUGCGUCUCCUUGUUGUUUCGCUGCUCUGUCUGAUCUUUGAUUCUAUGCUGUCGUCACAUUGUGAUCCGUUGUGUAGAUUCACGGCUGUCUUGCAACUCAUCCAUGAAAAUUUUCAACAAUGACAUAGAAACAUGCAGAGACGGCGAG